UUAAACAAACGAACGAGCAGGCUAGAGCAGUUUUCCCGACGUUUUUCUUUGCCAUUAUCCUUUGGAAAAGCAAGCUCUUGUUUUUUCUUGCUGGAGUCAAGUGUGUCUCCUCGUUGUGGCGGCACAGAUUUUGCAGCGUUUCAAGUUCCACGUGCCGUCUACUGGAGAAGAGCGAAAAAAAAGUUCGGCACCACCAUGUGGAUCUACACACUGAUCAGCCUUGCCCUCAGCAGGAUACUGGAUAUCGCAGCCUUCUCCAUAAACACAGAUAAUCAGCUUUUUGGCACACACCUUAAUCUAGGAUAUGGUAGCUGCACGGUAGGAAACACGACAUACUUCCACGGCGAAACAUUCAAAUUGGAUUGCCGAACACAAUGCGUCUGUCAGAACGGACGACACGCGUGUUCGACGCUGUGUCCACACGAGAACCUGCCCCCGCCGAACGACACGGCCAUCUGCGUCGGGCCCCGGCUGGUCGAGCUUCCGGAUCACUGCUGCCGGGUGUGGCUUUGCGAGCAGCCCACCACCGAUGUAAACGCGACCUGCUACAACUCGUCCACGACGGUGUGGUCGCCCUGUUCCCAGAGCUGUGGCAUCGGUGUCUCGACCAGGAACAUCACCACGACCCCGGGCUGCCAGCGGUUGAGCACGAUCCGGCUGUGCGAGAACCACAAGUGCAACCGACAGCAGGACCGAACCAGUUUUGUCAUCGUCGGUGGAGACUACGGGGACGACGAAGCGACGGGGCUGGUGCCGCUGCCGCAACAACAAUCCGGUUAUCCACCGGUCGCGGCCAACAGCUUGCAGCUGGAUGAACCGGAGCAUCGCCGAAGGAAAGGACACGAGUGCCGGAGCAUCCAGCGGACGUCCUCCUCCCGGUUGCGGCUCGGACCGUGCGUCUCGCGGAAGUUGUACCGCCCGAAGAGCUGCGGCCACUGCCAGGACGCCGACAUGUGCUGUGUGCCUUCAAUUACCACAACUAUCAAGGUUGAGCUGCUGUGCCCCCUAAAUUCGGGCGACCCCCUCGAGUUCAUCGAGCACGGGUACGACCUCUGGGACAGUGCCUCGAUCGAUCCCCUGGACCAGGAGAUGCUGCAGUCGCGCCAGAUCCAGAUCGAGAACCAAUUCAUCGACGUCCAGUGGGUGCUCAAGUGCGAGUGUGGACCAAAGAGCAAAAACUGCCACCCCAGAAAGAAGGCCGACCCCCAGGACGGCCAAUCCGAGUCCGGUGCUGUUCCGUCGCACGGUUUGCCGUUAUCGGUGGUCCCGGAACCGGCGGCAGUACCACGGCGGACACAAACGGAAAAGGUUGAUGAUGGCGCUCCAGGGAUGCUGUACGACCAGCACGUGCACCACCACCAGUACCAGCAUCAUCACCAUCAUCAGCAUCGUCGACGUCCGGGAAAGAAGAGUCACCACUACAAGCACCACCAUCAUCAACCGUUGCGGGUUGACCUGGACGGGGACGGGGGUGAACUGCUGAAGCGGGUCCAUCGAACAUAAUAAAUUGACCCUGUUUUAUUCCCCGCGUUAGGAUUGUGUUUGGGUCGUUUCAUCGAACGAUGAGUUAACCAAAUAACUUUUUUUUUCUGUAUUUCCUCAUAAAACUGUUUUGAAGAGUGAUGAUAACAAAUUUCGGUAAAACGGCCGAGUAUGGGUCGUUUCACCGAUUUGUUUCGAACAGCUGGUCCGAAAAGAAUAGUUACAGAACUCGGUUGAUUUUGUGUUGUUCAGACUGGGUUAUUUGAUCGAAAAGGUCAUUUCACUGAAAAUUCAGUAUUUCCAGUAAAAAUUAAAUGACUUUCAAUGUUUGAGUGAUCAAUUCAACCAAAUAACCCAUUCGAUGAAAUGACUCACUCUCGUAGAACAGUCACCCUGUAGUUGGUAUGGUUUGAGCGAGUGCGUUACCUGUGUUAUCCGGUGUGGUGUCCUCGUUUUGGACCGGCUAGUUGUACAGCGAACAUCGAGAAUGUCCAACCUUCGACGACCGGUCGUUUCCGGGGGUUUGCGGUAACCCGGAGAAUGCAGGUAUCUGAAAUUUGAUUUGAAUCCGAUUUUUGGGAAAAACUUUACGUUUGAGAGGAUGAACGAACGAAUAAAAGAGAGCAAAAAAACGUAGCGUAACUCAACAAAAACACAUCACUAAAGUGACUUAUAUACAAAUACAGACACAUACACAUAUAUUUGACGCAGCGAGGGACGUAGUAUCGUGUCCGUGUGCUGCCGGAUACGGAUUACUGAAAGCGACGGAACCCUCCGAGACUGCAGCACACGGGCACAGAGAGUUAGUCUGGCAGGGCAGGGCCAAAACCGGAGACGGUCGUCAAAGGAACCAUUGAUGCUGGGACGUUCUCUGUGAAAUCGUGCAAUUGAUAUGUUUUAUUUAUUUUUUUCAAGAAUCUCCCAAAAUGCUUGAUAGUUUGCUUUCAAACACUUUCAAGCAACUACCAAAAGCAAAUAAAUUUUCUGAAUUCAAAAUAGCCGGAAAUUAAGUUUUUGAAUCAACAUUGACCCAACACUGUCAUUUUUUCAUUCAGAACAUUUUUUUUUUUUUUCAUUUUAAAGUUUUGUGUUUUUUGUAACUUUGCAGGGUUAUUUUUUUAGAGUGUAACAAUGUUCUACAUUGUUGUUGAGCAGACAAUUACAAAAAAUAUAAACAUAAGGGGUUUGCUUAAAAACAUCAAAAAAGUUACUUUUUGCGUUUCUCUUUGUUUCGUCGUCCGUGUCUGUCGCGGGUGACCAUAAACCAAAUUGUUACACUCUAAAAAAUAAUCCUGCAAAGUUAG